AUGUCACAAUCAUUACGUCCAUAUUUAACAGCUGUUCGUUAUUCGCUAGAGGCAGCCUUAACAUUAUCUAAUUUUUCAUCACAAGAAGUGGAAAGACAUAAUCGUCCUGAAGUAGAAGUUCCAAAUCAAAGUGCAGAAUUACUUUUACAACCUAUGCAUAUUUCACGUAAUGAACAUGAGCAAGUUUUAAUUGAACCAAGUAUUAAUUCCAUUAGAGUUAGUUUGAAAGUGAAACAAGCUGAUGAAAUUGAACAAAUUUUAGUUCAUAAAUUUACAAGAUUCUUGGAACAACGUGCUGAAUCUUUCUAUAUAUUAAGACGUGUACCAAUUCAAGGUUAUAGUAUUUCAUUCUUAAUUACAAAUAAACAUACUGAAUCUAUGAAAACUGGGAAAUUAGUCGAUUUCAUCAUUGAAUUUAUGGAAGAAGUUGAUAAGGAAAUUAGUGAAAUGAAAUUGUUUUUAAACGCAAGAGCAAGAUUUGUCGCAGAAGCUUAUUUAGGUGAGUUUGUCUAUUAG